UCGAAAGAUUCGCGCCAGUCUCUUUUUUGCGCUCUAAGUAUUCUUUUGUAGGGAACUCGAGUGGUCGCAUUAUCUGUAGUUGUCCGAACUAAGCAGCCACCAUUCGAAACAAUGACAGGACGAAAACCGGCCUUCGUGGCUGUAAGCACCCAACCGAGCAAAAAAGCCAAGAUUGCAACAAAGGCCAAUGCAGUGGCCAUACAAAGCCAAACGGAAGAAGCCAAAGGCUCUGACCAAACUAACACAUCGUCUUCUGAGAAUGCUUGGCCGUCAAGUUUGCGUGAUUACGUUAGUUUAUCAUUUGACAAUUGCCAACCCGGUAAACGUGCACAGCUGGAAACCGAGCUGAAGAAUAUCAUCCUAGCAGCUAAGGAGUCUGGCUUACUCCAUACAAUUGAUUGGCAAAACAAAUCUUUACCCAGUGCCUGUGGUGCCAUAGCCAAUCCCAACGCUAGUCCUGUUCUAAAAUUAGCGAAAAAGGCGGUACUGCCAGCAAUUCUAAAUACGCCAGAGGAACAGCGGCGAAGGGAGAUGCGAGCAAAACGCUUCCAGGCGGAUAUGCCUGUCCGACGUGUCACGCCUCCCACCGAAGAUAUGGGUGGGGAAGGAAGUUGGCAUGGGAAGCCCGUCGUUGGCACCAACACUGAUCUCGAAAAGCCAUACUUUCGUUUGACUUCGGCUGUGGAUCCGGCUACUGUGCGACCGUUACCGGUGUUGAAGCAAACGUUUAAAAUGUUACGGAAAAAGUGGAAAAAGAACCAAGACUAUUCAUACAUAUGCGAGCAAUUCAAAUCGAUGCGUCAGGAUUUGACCGUCCAGUGCAUCAAAGAUAGAUUUACUGUGCGUGUGUAUGAAACUCAUGCCCGCAUCGCUUUGGAAAAGGGCGAUCUUGGCGAAUACAACCAAUGUCAAACGCAAUUGAAAUACUUGUAUUCGCUGGGAUUACCAGGUUCAAUUUCAGAGUUUGCGGCUUACAGAAUUUUGUAUUUCAUCUUUUCUCAAAAUCAAUCAGCAUUGAACGCUCUUAUUGGAGAGUUCGCUAUGCCUGAUCACAAGGAUAAACCAGACGAUGGGAUCCGGCAUGCCCUUGAAGUUCGUUCGGCCGUGGCCAAAAAGAACUACCACAGGUUUUUCCAGUUGUAUCUGGAAACACCCAACAUGGGAGGGUAUCUGAUGGAUCACUUUGUUCUUCGUGAGCGGAUCGAAGCCUUGCAGAUUUUAUGUAGAGGAUUUAAACAUGGCAUUCCAAUCAACUAUGUGGAAAAGGAAUUGGGCUUUCGAACGGGAUCCGAAGUUUAUAAAUUUCUGACGGACCAUCAUCUUGCACAUUGCGUACGAAAGGAUGCGUCGGGUCACUGUUUGGAUACCAAAGCAGCUCUCCCUGUGUUGAUGGAACAAAGCAAGCGAUUCAAAAAGAUCGAUAUCAAAGGCCAAAUUUAAAUCCACUUCAAGAAACAAACCUUGCAUGAGCCUGAAAACUAUGAAAGGAAAGUAUAAAGAAAACCAUACUCCUUGCGUCCUUCUAUUGCACACAUACAACUGUAAAAAUCCAUCAGUUUCCAUAUUUCCCGCGAUUCCCCCCCCCAUCUUAUCUUUAUCCCGAUUCCCCAUACCUCUUCUCUUUCACAUAUUCAUUUCACAAUCAUGAAUCACGGCUCAUUUCGACAAUCACAGCAAUCUUUUUUUUCAUUAUUAUUGAUGCAAUAAAAUUCUUUUUUUUUCGAUGUGGCAAUA